GACUACACUACUUGAGAGGGCAGAGUCCACUUAUCUCUUUUCUCUACUCAACUACUAGCGGAGGUUUGGGCUUCUUCAACACAAGAAACAACAUCUUCCUGCUUGGAAAACACAACAAAUCAUAUUGGGAGUCUGAUGGAGGGUGGUCUGUCAUCCUACACCGAGUCACUUGGCUUUCCCCCAUUGUUCAGAAAGCAGAGGAUUUUGAAGUUAGACAGAAUAAGAGAUUUUGUCAGCUUGUGGCUGAGUUACCCUAUGAGAUCAGUGCAUGAUAGCAAACUUCAGACUUGGAUUCAUCGACUUUCAAAUGCUAAUGGUUCAGUAGAAGAAAAGUAUAGUCUAAUCCGGGAGGACCCGCUUCAUUAUUUGGAAGGACUUGCACCAAUCGAAAUGAUCAUGGAUAAUGAGAUAGAAGCUGGAACGAUACCAGAUGCUAUGCUCAGUUUAGCCAUUGAUCUUGCUGUUGAUCAACUAGUUCAAACCUUACUUUCUGGGGAUGAACAUGUACGCAACAUUCACCAUGUCAUGAUCUCUACCAGAAAUAAUGCUGAACAAAGAGAAAUAUUCCAAAAAAUGAAAGCAGUUUUCAAUGAUAUGGAGAAUAUGCAUCGUUUUAAUGAAAUCUUUCAUAGAGUCUUGUGGGUUGAUGCGUCGAUGUAUCCAAGCCAAGUUAAAGUAGAGGUACUCGUUGAACAACAAAUUCGUCUGCAGCUUCAGCUUCAGAAGUUUAGCCUGGGUAAUCUCCAAAAGAUGAUCAACAAGAAAUGUUUAGUGCUUCUGUUGGAUCAUGCUGAGAAAACUUUAGAUCUGAGGAAAGUGAACUUGCCUGCAUGUUUAAAUGAGGCAGUGACGGUGUUCGUUACCAUUGAAACUCAAAAGCAAGCAAAUGAUGAAAAGACAAUGGCAAUGAAUUUAACAAUCAAUACAGAAGAUCAUUUGUUGCCAUGGAAAGUAUUUUGUCAGAAUGUAGACAAUAUAAUUGUUUUUAGAUCUAGUGCCAUCCAAAAAAUUGCUGUGCGUAUAGUUCAAGAAUGUGGUGGCCAUCUUUUGGCUAUUGUCCUUGUGGCAAAGUCAUUGAAGAAUGUGACAAAUGUCAAACUCUGGGAGCUUGCACUAUACAAAUUGCGCUGCCUCGAACCAUUUUACAAUUUGAAUAUGUUUCAGGGUGUAAGCAAAGUUAUGGUUACUGCAUUCAUAAAUUUCAUCUGGAAUGAUAUGAAUCGAACACUAAAAAAUUGCCUCAUGAGCUGCUUAUUCAUUCCUGAUAUCAGAACCGGGAAGUUUCCAAAUGAAUUGUUGGAUCAUUGGAUUUCUUAUCGGUUGGCGGAUGGCUGCAAAGCUAUGGAUAACUUGAGAGAGCUUGUAGAUCGCUCUAUCUUACUUCAAUCAAAUGAUAAGCAUGUUCAGUUACCGGAAGACAGUCAUGCUAUUUUGCAUGCAUUGAACAACCUAACCCCCAUGUUUGUGAAAAAAUGUGGGUUAGGGUUGACUGAGCCACCAAAGGAUGAGCUCUGGCAUAAUGUUGUACACAUGGAACUUGCAAACAAUAAACUAUUUGAGCUACCUUCGUCUCCAAGCAGCCCUGAACUCAAAGUUUUAAUGUUGCAGGAAAAUGCUGAUUUAACGAGAGUCCCAGAUAUGUUUUUCUUUAAAAUGCCCUUGCUUUGGAUCUUGGACUUAUCUUACACUAAUGUAAGAGAACUACCAGACUCUCUUUUUGAGUUGGAGCAGCUCAGAGAACUAUAUUUGAAAGGUUGUGAAUGCUUCAUGAAAUUAUCAUCAAAGAUUGGAAAAUUGAAGAAACUUGAGAAGCUUGAUCUUGAUGGAACUCAAAUCAUACAUCUGCCAAAAGAGAUACAAAAGUUGAUCAAUCUCCAAAGCUUGUUCCUCUGUUUCUAUGAAUAUCGUGGCAAGAAAAGCAAGCAAUAUACAUGCUCAACAAUCAUUCCGUCCAAGGUAAUCUCAAAACUCAAGGGUUUAAAUUUAAGUAUUGAUGUGAACCCUGACGAUGAGCGAUGGUACGAAAAUGUACAAGACAUUCUUCCAGAGAUAUUGGGACUAAAGCAUUUGUUGACCCUGAGAUUAUAUAUCCCACAUUUGGAACUUUUGAAGUUCGUGCCAGACCAUAUAUUUGAGGUUGAUUUUAGAUUUAUUGUUGGUAGGCACAUGCAAAGGAUCAUAUCAUGCACACCAUCCACGUGUGAAGCAAAAUUUAAGCGAAGUGGUUGUAGCUUGAAGUUUGUAAAUGGUGAUGAUACACCCAAUGGAAUUAAGAAGCUUGUUAGACACAGUAAGGCCUUAUUCCUGGAGCGACAUAAGACGAUCAGGAAUCUCUCUGAAUUUAAACUGAUGAAUUUAGAGCAGCUGCGUAUUUGUAUGUUGGCAGAAUGUAGAGAAAUGCAAACCAUUGUUGAUGGAAGACAAUCAGAUAGUGCUAACGAUGUUUUCUCACAUUUGUUGUACUUAUAUAUAUCGCACAUGAAGAGUUUAAGAAGCAUAUGGGAAGGGCCAAUGCCACCUCACUGCUUUUUGGGUAUGCUGAAGUCUUUAGUACUGCAAAAUUGCCCCGAGUUAACAACUGUCUUUACCCUGGAUUUUUUAGGCAAUCUUUCACUAUUAAAGGAGCUGAUUGUUAAGGAUUGUUCUAAAGUAAAAACCUUGAUAAGUGACAGAUCAUUCAAACAUAAAGGAGAGAUUUUCCUCCCAAAAUUGAGAAAGAUAAUGCUUCUACAUCUUCCCGAGUUGAUCAACAUUUCCAAUGAAUGUCAAAUAGGUUCAAGCUUGAAAAGUAUAGCAAUUUAUAAUUGCCCGAAGCUCCAAAGCCUUUCUAAGAUGGAACUGUCAAGCCAAAAUCUAACGGUCAUUAUGGGAGAAACCAGAUGGUGGGAUGCAGUCCAAUGGAGCAAAGAAGAAUGGGGAACAGCCUGUCGGCCAUCUAUGUUUGAUUGCAUCUUUUCCUCAAUUGAUAAUCAUGUAGAAAUAAUGACUCAAUUUGGGAUAGAUGAAGAUGAUAUUGACGAUGAUCCAGCAGAUAUGACGCCAUUACAGACUCUAUUUGAUUACCCAAAGCAAAACACUGAAAGAAUCAGCAGAAUGAUCUUUUCAGCGUCAAAGAAAAUAUCUAAAGGUGAAGAUACUUUAGACGACAGGUACAAGUGGAGGGAAUAUGGCCAGAAAACAGAGGACAGACUAAAUCCAAGGAGCUAUUUCAAAUGUGUUGAAGGAGGUUGCUUUGCUAAAAAGCGAGUGCAGAGAUCUGAAGAAGACCCAACCAUUGUCGAAAUCACAUACAAGGGAUGUCACACUUGCACAGAGGCCUCCAGUGUAACAGAUUCAUCCAUGAAUAAUCAGGUUUACUUAACCACUCAAUGUGGGGUAGAUGAUGAUGAUAUUGACAAUGAUCUAGAAGGCAUUAGCAGUAGUAAGGAGAGGAAGGGCGUUAAACAAAGAAUUCGAUUCAGAACAAAGUCAGAGGUAGAAAUGUCGGACGAUGGGUACAGGUGGAGAAAGUAUGGCAAGAAGACCGUGAAGAACAGCCCCUACCCCAGGAACUACUACAAGUGUUCGGUGAAUGGAUGCCUAGUGAGAAAGAGAGUUGAGAGAGAUAGGGAUGAUUCAAGUUAUGUUAUAACAACCUAUGAAGGCAUCCACAACCACCCAAGUUAUUGUCACACGGGCACCCAGGCCUCCAGCGUAACGGAGUCCUCCAAGAACAAUUAGUUUGACUUGAUGACUCAAUUCGGAGUAGAUGAUGAUAUUGACGAUGAUCAAGCAGUGAAGACAGAGGAUGAGUCGUUACAGCCUUUAGGUGUGAGGACCUUGAAGGACCCAAAGCAAAAUGCCAACGGAGAGAAGUAUAUAUACAUAAAUGCAUUGCAUGUAGCUCUAUUUAUUUAUAAGAUCAUGCAAAAAAAUUUGGUGGAUUUUCUAACCUGAAUUCCCGUGUCAUAGAAUGACUGUUUCAAUGAUAACAUUCUCACCUGGAAAUCAAGAGAUUCCUCUGGCAGAUGUAAUAAAAUGGAGGAAAGAUGGCCAGAAAGAAAUUCUAUGAUCCAAUUAUCCAAGAAGCUAUUACAGAUGUACUCAUGGUACUCAUUUUGGUUGCCCUGCUAAAAAGCAAGUGCAAAGAAUUGAUGAAGACCCUACAGAAGUCCCAGCCUCCAAUCCAACAGAUUAUACUCUCAGUUUUAGGGGCAGCACAGCGUCCAAUACAGAUCUUGAGUCAUUUUCUUCUAUGGACAAUUCUGCUUCAACCCCAUUUUAUGAAGAUUUUGUUGUUGAAGAACCAUAUGACUCCGAUGCUGAGACACAGCCACUACGAGUUCCUUAUAGUCCUUCUGAAAGUGACGAUCACGCAUCCGACGACUUUCUCGACUCCCUCCGAACCAAUGUUUAACGAACAGGUCCGAAUAGUAUAGCUCAAGCCCACGAGUGUUUUCGUCUUUUUAGAACUUAGAGUAUGAUGUAUAACUCGCAAGUCACUUGUAUGUAGCAAACGCACUCUGUUUAUUUAAAAAUGUAAUGUAUUUUUUAAGGGAUUAAUUGUUUAAUAAUUUAA